AUGGCUGCGCAUACGCUUAGUACUAUGGAGAUAUGCGAGCAGAGCGAAGCAUUCAUAGAACAAGACGGUGACCUUGUCUUCGACCAUACAAAGCUGAUCUUGCGACGAGACAACGAGUACUUCUAUGCCAGGGCCAACUGGCGUACCUCUUCCCGCUCUACGGUUGACAUCAGCCAGCUAAAGGUCAGCAGAAUCCCCACGGAAAAUGUCUGGCCGCUGAUGGACCCCCGCUACACUCCCGCUCCCGACCCAUUACCUCCGAACUCCUACAUCAAACAGCCGAGCCUGCUAUAUUACGACGACACUCCUGCUUCCUCGGAGCCAGGCCGCCAGGUACUGGUUGAGGUGGAAGCGUGCGAGGUGCUGCGGAGCCACCCACACACCAACAUAGCUCAGUAUCUAGGUUGUGUUACUAAAGAUGGCAGGAUAACGGGGCUCUGUUUUGCCAAAUACCCCAUGAGCCUGUCGCAGAGGCUAACGGAGACGGCUCCUUUCGACAGAGCCCUUUGCCUACAGGGCAUCGAGAGCGGGAUCGGACAUAUGCAUACUCUGGGGCUCAUACACAAUGAUCUUAACCCAUCAAACAUCAUGGUGGAUGAGAGGGACAAUCCUGUAAUCGUAGACUUUGAUUCAUGCCAGAGAGAAGGGGCUAAACUGGGUCUGAAGGCGGGAACGGUCGGCUGGGCGAUGGAGGGUGCCGUCUACGCAGCCCGACAGAACGACUUCUUUGGCCUCUCAAAGAUACGUAGAUUAUUGAUGGGAGGGGAGGAGCAUGGCCGUGAACUUGAAUUGAGCUGA